AUGGCCACCAAAACGAUGGAUCAGUUUACUGACGAUCUUUUAAAAGAAAAAAUAUUCCACUGCCAGAUUUGCGAUGAACUUUGCACGUCCGAUGUUUUCCUGGUCAAAGGUAAAGGAAAUUUGUGCGCGAACUGUUUUGAAGAAAAGUGUGGGGAGGAAAUGAAGUCCAGGGCUGAAUUAAACACAGCCCUCAUCCUAAUUAUGGCCAAGCUGAUGCUGCCGUGCAAAUAUCAAUCCAGUGGUUGCCAUAAGAGGGUGGAGUCCAAAAAGUACUCCAAGCACAUUGCUACUUGCAAUUUCAAAAUUAAACCGUGCCCGAUGAAGAAUCUGGAGGGUUGUGAUUGGAGUGGAAGCAAUUUCGAAGUGAGCGGACAUUUAUUGGAAAAUCAUCAAGAGCACGUCAUUAAAAGUGAAAAUAAUAUUUUUAAAGUUAAGUCGUCCUUGUUUGAACCUUUCAACGUAAAGUUAUUAUCUGAUGAUUACCAAAAUUGCCUUCUAAAGACUUCAGUUGUUGAUAAUAAGUUUUAUUACGCUUUAAAUCCGGUUGAAAAAUCCGAAAAAAAUAUGGAAUACUCGGUGUGGCACAAGCGUUUUCAACCACCAAACCAUUUAGUAUUAAAAAGCGUUGGUACACUUACCAAACUGAAUGGUAUUUAUAACGAAGAAAACCUGGAUAAAAACCCCAACGCGACUGUGGUGGACAUCGAUCUGUUGAAACAUUUUGCGGACGAAAAAAAUAUGAUUUCAAACGAAUUCGACUUAAAACCAGCUGCAGAGAUCGACAAUAAUAUAUUAAAACUAUUGGAAUGUCCAGUCUGUAUGAAAACCAUGCGACCGCCAAAUUAUAAUUGCACCAACGGACAUAGCAUUUGCAUAAUAUGCAAAGAACUAACAAAUGAAUGCCCCACAUGUAAGGAAGGGUGGACCAGUUCAAGGAAUUACUUUAUAGAAAAUUUAACUUCAAAAAUCAAGUAUCCAUGCAGAUAUAGUAAAUUGGGAUGCAACGAAAUUGACAUUGACAGGCAAUUAAAGAAACAUGAAGAAACAUGUCCUUUACAUAUCUAUCAAUGUCCAAUGGAUUGCUCUGAAACUGGAAACUUUGAAUUUAUUUUGAAACAUUUAAAGACUGAGCAUGAGAAUGCGGAAUUUACUGGAGAGAUAGUAAACAACAUAGAUGGUUUUUAUGAAAGGCUUAAAUGGAUGCUGUUUGAUUCAAAAUUAUUUAGAAUAUCGUAUUAUUAUUUGUCUCAUAAUGUUUAUUGGGCUGUCGAAUUGGUUUGCUCAAAUGAAAACCCCAAAUUGUACACUUACGAAGUUAAAAUUUCGAAUCACGAAAAGGCAUUUAAUUGGGCAUUGAUAAAAGAUUCCACUUGCUUUAAAGAAAGAACGCAGCGACCGUUACAAAAAAUAUCAGACUACGAUAUGGCCACCAAAACGAUGGAUCAGUUUACUGACGAUCUUUUAAAAGAAAAAAUAUUCCACUGCCAGAUUUGCGAUGAGCUUUGCACGUCCGAUGUUUUCCUUGUCAGAGGUAAAGGAAAUGUGUGCGCGAUCUGUUUCGAAGAAAAGUUUGGGGAGGAAAUGAAAUCCAGGGCUGAAUUAAACACAGCCCUCAUCUUAAUUAUAGCCAAGCUAAUGUUGCCGUGCAAGUUUCAAAUGAAAGGUUGCGACAACAGGUUGACGUCCAAAAACUAUUCCAAGCACAUUCGUGGUUGCGAUUUCAAAAUUAAACCGUGCCCGAUGAAAAAUCUCGAGGGUUGUGAUUGGAGUGGAAGCAAUUUCGAAGUGAGCGGACAUUUAUUGGAAAAUCAUCAAGAGCACGUCAUUGAAAGUGAAAAUAAUAUUUUUAAAGUUGAGUCGUCCUUGUCUGAACCUUUCAACGUAAAGUUUUUAUAUGAUGAUUGCCAAAAUUGCCUUUUACAGACUUCGGUUGUUGACGAUAAGUUUUAUUACGCUUUAAAUCCGGUUGAAAAGUCCGAGAGAAAUAUGGAAUACUCAGUGGAGCACAAACGUAUUCAACCACCAAACCAUUUGGUAUUAAAAAGCGUAGGUACUUUGACGAAACUGAAUGGUAUUUAUAACGAACAAAACCUGGACAAAAACUCCAACGCGACUGCGGUGGACAUCGAUCAGUUGAAACCUUUUGCGGACGAAAAAAAUAUGAUUUCAAACGAAUUCGACUUAAAACCUGCAGAAAUCGACAAUAAUAUAUUGAAACUAUUGGAAUGUCCAGUCUGUAUGAAUUCCAUGCGACCGCCAAUCUUUAAUUGCGCCAACGGACAUAGCAUUUGCAUAUUAUGCAAAGAACUAAUAAAUGAAUGCCCCAUGUGUAACGAAGGGUGGACCACUGCAAGGAAUUACCUUAUAGAAAACUUAACUACAACAGUCAAGUAUCCAUGCAGAUAUAGUAAAUUGGGAUGCAACGAAAUUGACGUCGACAGGCAAUUAAAGAAACACGAAGAAACAUGUCCGUCGCAUAACUAUCAAUGCCCGAUGAAUUGCUCUAAAACUGGAAACUUUGAAUUCAUUUUGGAACAUAUAAUGACUGAACAUGGGAAUGCGGAAUUCACUGGAGAGAUAGAGGAAAACAUACCUGGUCGUUGCGAAAAGCUUAAAUGGAUGCUGUUUGAUUCAAAAUUAUUCAGAAUAUCUUAUUAUUUUUCGUCUCCCAAUGUUUAUUGGGCCGUCGAAUUAGUUUGCUCUAAUGAAAACCCCAAAUUAUACACUUACGAAGUUAAAAUUUCGAAUCACGAAAAGGCAUUUAAUUGGGCAUUGAUAAAAGAUUCCACUUGCUUUAAAGAAAGAACGCAGCGACCUCUACAAAAAAUAUCAGACUGUUUGAAUUAUUAUGAUCAAGAUCCGAUAACAUUUAAUAUUACUAUUAAAAAAAGUAAUUUUGCACCAAAAAAAUGA